AUGGCUUCUCCUGGUGAUAACAUUAAGCCCCAAUUCGCGCUCGAUGAAAAGGCACAAGAUGUCGAAAAAUCGUCGACAGAGCGACACCAGAUCGAAGAGGCGCAGCCCGUCGUUGUCGCUGAUAAACUUGCUCGCAAGUUGUCCGCGCGGCAAGUGCAAAUGAUUGCCAUUGCCGGCACGAUUGGCACUGGUCUCUUCUUAGGAUCAGGCAAGUCGCUGGCCACGGGUGGACCGGGUUCGAUGCUUCUUUCAUACUCCAUUGUGGGAGCUAUUGUAUUCGUGACUAUGUUGUCACUGGGAGAGAUGGCGUCCUUCAUGCCCAUCGCGGGUUCCUUUUGCACAUAUGCGGGGCGCUUCGUUGACGAUUCCGUCGGUUUUGCGCUUACUUGGAUAUAUUGGUUCAACGAUGCUAUCGCGACGGCGGCUGAUCUAGUUGCACUGCAACUAUUAUUGACCUACUGGAGCACCGGCAUGCCCGCAUGGGCUUUCAGUCUGAUAUUCCUUUUUAUCCUAAUUGCCCUGAAUAUUGUUAGUGUCCGGGUAUACGGCGAGAUGGAAUACUGGAUGAGUAUUCUAAAGGUCGCUACUAUUAUUGUCUUCAUCAUACUUGGUAUUGCGGUUAAUUGUGGUGCCAAUACCAAUAGAGAAUAUAUUGGAGGGAAGUAUUGGAACAUGGGAGAGGCCCCCUUUGUUGGAGGCAUAGGCGGUUUCGCUUCCGUCUUUGUCACCGCUUCUUUUGCCUACGGUGGUACCGAAUCCAUUGCCAUCACUGCCGGUGAAACCCGCAACCCAACACGCAAUCUUCCUCGUGUUAUUCGCAAUGUCUUUUGGCGCAUUUUAAUAUUCUAUAUCCUCGCGGUCCUUGUUAUCGGUCUCAACGUCCCGUACAAUUAUCCCAAUCUGGCUUCAAAAAACACUCGCACUAGUCCCUUUACUAUUGUCUUCCAGAUGGUCGGAAGUAAAGUUGCAGGGAGUUUUAUCAAUGCGGUCAUUAUGACCAGUGUCAUUUCAGCAGGAAACCAUGCCUUAUUUGCGGGUGCAAGAUUGCUCUAUACCCUUGCUGUGGACAGGCAUGCCCCAGCAUUUUUCGGGCUUUUAACCCGACGUAAGGUUCCGUGGGUAGCCGUUCUGGCUACCUCUGCCUUGAGCGGAUUAUGUUUUGGCGCGAGUUACAUUGGUGCAGGACAGUUAUGGACGUGGAUGCAAAACAUUGUUGGUGUUUCCAACCAAUUAUCUUGGGUCUUCAUUGGCGUCGCUUCCCUCCGCUUUCGCCGCGCUAUCGAUGCCCAAGGUCUUACGCAUCUCCUCCCUUUCAAAAACUGGACUUACCCAUACGGGCCUAUACUAUCUAUCAUCUUGAAUAGUGUUCUGAUUCUUGUUCAAGGCUGGUCAAGCUUUUCUCCGCGUUUUAAGGGCGUGGAUUUCGUGAGUUUCUAUGUUCAGUUACCCAUCAUGGCGGGGUUGUAUGUUCUGUGGAAGGUUUUGAAAAAGACGAAGUGGGUGAAGAUUGAAGAGAUGGAUCUUGUCACUGAUCGGUGGGAUGGAGGUCGUUUUGGGCCAGGUAGUGGCUCCGAGGCUACUCUUGCUGCCGCCAGAGGUGAUGAUUGGAGAGAUGAGACGACAUGGACUGGCACCAGCCGCAAAAAGCCGUUCUGGAAGUUGCCCUGGAGCGAAAAGGCUAAGAGAGCAGGGCAGUGGUUGUUCCUCUAA